GAUCGUCACCUCAGCUAUGCCCCCCAACCCAUUCUUGGAAACCGCAUCCUCGUUGUUACGAAUCAAACCGUUGGAAUGAAGACCAAUCAAUCGCCCAUUUGCAAGAAUUGAAUUGGCCACCGGAAAGGAAGAACCUUUUCUGCUCAUCCUCAUGCUAAUGGUUUGGUUCUUACAUAAAAGGUGAAGAACCAGCAGCGAGGUCGCGGGGCUGGUGGUGGAUUGGUCUCUUGCGAUGGCAAAACAAGAUCCACCCGCUCCUUCCUCGGCCGGCGAGCUGCGCAUCAAGGUGCAGCCGCAGCCGCAGCCGCAGCAGCGGCGGCGGAGGGAGGACGAUGUGUACGGCGACUUCAGGCCGUUCAAGAGGUGGGCGUCUUGGCUCGUCCCCUGCUUCGUGGCUGCCAACAUUAUGAUCUUUGGGGUCACAAUGUACGUCAACAAUUGCCCCAGGAACUCUGAUUCCUGCGUCGCUCGUUUCUUCGGGAGAUUUUCCUUCCAACCUCUUAAGGAGAAUCCCCUUCUUGGCCCUUCCUCUGAUACGUUACAGAAAAUGGGUGCUUUAGAAGUAAUCAAAGUGGUACGCAGACGCCAGGUUUGGCGCCUGUUUACUUGUAUAUGGCUGCACGCUGGAGUUUUCCAUUUGCUUGCCAACAUGUUGAGCCUUCUCUUCAUCGGGAUCCGGUUGGAACAAGAAUUCGGGUUCGUUCGAAUCGGAUUGCUGUAUAUCAUGGCGGGUUUCGGCGGAAGUUUAUUAUCCGCUCUUUUUAUUCAAUACAGUAUCUCUGUUGGUGCUUCUGGUGCCCUUUUUGGUUUACUCGGAAGCAUGCUUUCGGAGUUAAUCACGAACUGGACGAUCUACGCGAAUAAGUUUGCAGCGUUAUUGACUCUCAUUUUUAUCGUCGCGAUUAAUCUGGCGGUGGGACUUCUUCCCCACGUGGACAACUUUGCUCAUAUCGGGGGAUUUGUUUCUGGUUUUCUUCUCGGAUUUGUAUUCCUAAUAAGGCCUCAGUUUGGGUGGGUAAGCCAAAAAAAUGCCCCUCCUGGGCACAUCCCGACUUCAGUUAAAUCGAAGCACAAGACAUAUCAGUAUGUGCUCUGGGUUGUUUCUCUGAUAUUGCUAAUCAUCGGGUUUACGGUUGGUCUGGUCAUGCUUUUGCGCGGGAUUAAUGCAAAUGAUUAUUGCUCAUGGUGCCAUUACAUGAGCUGUAUACCCUCAUCAAAAUGGAAUUGCCGUUCAGGAGAGAUGUAUUGCCAGACGAGCCAGAUUGGGAAUCAACUGAACAUGACGUGCCUGACCAAUGGGAAGAGCGAAAUGUACAUACUCUCAGAUGACAGCACCGCGACAGUAAGGAAGCUCUGUUACAAGCUGUGCAGUUGACUCAAUUGGUCGUUGGGAACAGGAACGACAGUUAUAGGAGGACAUUCCUCGAGCUGAGUUUCUUACGUAGUGUAUAUAAUUCUUUCUCUGUCUGCUUCUGGCCAUUCUUCUAUAUCCGCAAAAAGCUAUUCAAGGCAAUGGUCUCAUUUAUCAUCAUCGAUUUUUCCCAUCCUAUCAGUUUCCUCUAGCCAUCUGAUACAUUUACGGAAGUAACUCUCUUACUAUUCGGCGAACUCGUAUUUUAGUACUCCCAGCUCCGCACCGACUAUCUUAGUAAAGCUUCAUGACUGGGGAUCUUAACAGUGUAUAUGUGUUGUAAAAUGGGCACAUUGCCAUUUAUUGUACGAAUUUGCAGAUGUCGUAAGGAUGCUAACUGGAUCUACAGGUGUAUAUCAUAUAUUUUGGCUAGUAAAGUUCAUUACAUGGGAGACGGUUUUUCUUUAUGACCUAAA